AGGGCUGUGUCACAUGACACCGCUUUUCCCUUGGUUCCUGCGCGUGCCGGCUCUGUCAGUCUGUGUGCGGCGGGGCCUAGCAGCAGGAUGAGUAUCUCGCGCUGGCCGCUGCUGGCGUUCGCUGCCGCCGCGGCGUUCGCGGUGCUGGCCGAGGACCCGUUUGGAGAAGACUGCAGAAGUAAAACAUAUCCUCCUGCAGGACCAACAUUCAAAGGAACGGUUCCAACAUACAUCAUAAAUCUUGAUUUACCUCCCAGCAGAAGAUGGGAUAAGUUGCUGAGUGACAAAAAAAUAGAGUUGAAGACUGUAAUUCAGAGUAUUAAAAAUAUAGCAAAUGCAUUCGUCCCUAGUGGCAAAGCUGUUGAAAUAGUGGAUACUAAGUUGGUUCGACUGAUUUCCACCCUUCCCUACCCUUUCAAUGAAGAGCUCAAAGGGAUUGCAAAUGCUUCGGGCAUUCCUUUGGGAGAAAUUGUUCUGUUUAAUAUCUUCUAUGAAAUCUUUACAGUAUGUACUUCAAUAGUAGCAGAAGACAAAUCAGGAAAGCUGUACCAUGCUAGAAAUUUAGAUUUUGGACUAUUUCUUGGGUGGGACAUAAAAAAUAGUUCCUGGAUUAUAACUCAGGAAUUGAAGCCCUUAGUGGUGACUCUGGACUUCCAGAGAAACAACAAAACAGUAUUUAAGUCUACAAACUUUGCAGGAUAUGUGGGCAUGGUGUCUGGAAUCAAACCAGGAAUUUUCACUCUUACAAUGAAUGAGCGCUUCAGUCUUGACGGUGGUUACAUUGGAAUCUUUGAGUGGAUUCUUGGGAGGAGAGAUGGUAUGUGGAUGGGCUUCCUCACCAGAACUGUGCUAGAGAAUGGUACAAGUUAUCAAGAAGCAAAAGACCAGCUGGUUAAAACAAGACUACUGGCUCCAGCUUACUUCAUACUGGGAGGAAACAAAUCUGGAGAGGGCUGUGUGAUCACUCGUAGCAGACAAGCUGCCUUGGAUAUCUGGGACCUUGAUGCAAAUGGGGGCACAUGGUAUGUGGUGGAAACAAACUAUGAUCGUUGGAAGGCUCCCCUUGUCUUGGACGACCGUAGAACACCUGCAAUGAAGUGCAUGAACCAGACAAAGCAAGAGAACAUCUCCCUACCAACCAUCUAUGAUGUUCUCUCCACAAAGCCUAUUUUAAAUAAGCUGACUGUGUGCACAACACUGAUGGAGGUUACAGAAGGCCGUUCAGAAAGUUAUCUGCGGGAGUGCAUAGGUUCCUGUAGUCCAUGGUGAUCCUUCACCUAUCUGGGAUGAGCUCUGCCUGUUGGAAUUGGAUGCCCUUCACUAAAAAGAACUGUACCUCUGGAAAGGGGCUCUUCAGCCUCCAAAUGUUUCAUCAGAACUUUGAUAGUUAUUUGCAUAUAGCUAUUAACGAGCUAAGAAUAAAUCUAAUGUAGCACAGGUCGGUCAUCUGCUUUCUUAAUUGACAGUUCAGACUACUGUGUACUAGCAUUUUGUUUCUACUUCCAAGUAUAUUUCUGUAAGUGUAAUACAACAAUCGCCUAUUGGUCCCUGCUAAUUUGUUACCGCAAUUGUUCACUAUCAGAAAAUUCCUUUUUUAGAUUAGAUACUUUUAAACUACAAAAUUGCAUUAGCGUGGCACCCUCUCCCAGUAUGAGAAAACUAGAAAUGGUGUAAAGUCAGUUGAUGAGUUCUGCUACUCUUCCUUUUCACAAUAACAAAUUAAGAGUUAUAUAGUUGUUUGGAAGAAAGUUUAAUGUUGCUAGUCCAGUAUUAAGGAUGUAUUUCUAAAAUGUCUGUGUAAAAUGACCUAUCCAUAAAAUAGCUCCUAUUACAAUAA